GCCUGCUGAUCCAGGCGCCCAGUGACAGGCAGACCGAGGCCUGGUGUGAAAUUCUCAUUGUAAAAGUCCCUGCCGCUUGCCCGCUGCCUUACGCCCGAUUCUCUCGGCUCAGGCGGUAGAUUGUAACCCGAGAAGAUGCCUGCCGUGUCCAAAGGCGAUGGGAUGAGGGGGUUGGCGGUGUUUAUCUCUGACAUUAGGAACUGCAAAAGCAAAGAAGCUGAAAUUAAACGCAUAAACAAAGAACUGGCAAACAUCCGAUCGAAGUUCAAAGGAGAUAAGGCGCUGGAUGGUUACAGUAAGAAGAAGUACGUCUGCAAGCUGCUCUUCAUCUUCCUGCUCGGCCAUGACAUUGAUUUUGGCCACAUGGAGGCAGUCAAUCUGCUCAGUUCUAAUAAGUACACAGAGAAGCAGAUUGGUUACCUUUUCAUCUCUGUGCUGGUAAAUUCUAACAGUGAGCUGAUCCGUCUGAUUAACAAUGCCAUCAAGAACGACUUGGCCAGCCGUAACCCUAUCUUCAUGUGCCUCGCUCUGCACUGCAUUGCAAAUGUUGGCAGCAGGGAAAUGGCAGAGGCAUUUGCUUCUGAGAUUCCCAAAAUCCUGGUAGCUGGUGAUACAAUGGAUAGUGUGAAACAGAGUGCUGCCUUGUGUCUCCUGCGUCUCUACAAGACUUCCCCAGAUUUGGUACCCAUGGGAGAGUGGACAUCCCGAGUUGUGCAUCUACUGAAUGACCAGCAUCUGGGUGUAGUGACGGCUGCCACCAGUCUUAUUACUUGUCUGAGCAAGAAGAACCCUGAUGAGUUCAAGACGUGCGUCUCAUUGGCUGUUUCCAGACUUAGUCGGAUUGUGUCCUCAGCCUCCACGGACCUGCAGGAUUACACGUAUUACUUUGUUCCAGCACCCUGGCUUUCUGUCAAGCUGCUGCGGCUCCUGCAGUGCUAUCCUCCUCCUGAGGACACUGCUGUAAAGGGCCGUCUGAUUGAAUGUAUGGAGACUAUCCUGAAUAAAGCUCAGGAGCCACCUAAAUCCAAGAAGGUACAACACUCCAACGCUAAGAAUGCAAUUCUUUUUGAAGCAAUCAGCCUUAUUAUACAUUAUGACAGUGAACCUAACCUGUUGGUGCGUGCGUGUAACCAACUUGGCCAGUUCCUGCAGCACCGUGAAACUAACCUGCGGUACCUAGCCCUGGAAAGCAUGUGUCUGCUGGCAGGGUCAGAAUUCUCCCACGAGGCUGUCAAGACCCACAUUGAAACAGUCAUCAACGCACUGAAGACCGAGCGGGAUGUGAGUGUGCGCCAGCGAGCUGCAGACCUUCUGUAUGCCAUGUGUGACCGAACAAACGCACCACAGAUUGUGGCUGAAAUGUUAAGCUACCUGGAAACAGCUGACUAUUCCAUUCGUGAAGAAAUUGUGCUAAAGGUGGCAAUUCUAGCAGAAAAGUAUGCAGUGGAUUACACAUGGUACGUCGACACGAUCCUGAACAUCAUCCGCAUUGCAGGGGACUAUGUCAGCGAGGAGGUCUGGUAUCGAGUUAUUCAUGUUAUUAACCGUGAUGAUGUCCAAGGCUAUGCAGCAAAGACAGUGUUUGAGGCACUCCAAGCCCCAGCCUGUCAUGAGAACAUGGUGAAAGUAGGUGGCUAUAUUCUAGGAGAAUUUGGAAAUCUGAUUGCUGGUGAUCCACGAUCCAGCCCCUUAGUUCAGUUCAACCUGCUACAUUCCAAGUUCCACUUGUGCAGUGUUCCGACCCGUGCUCUGUUGCUCUCCUCUUAUAUCAAAUUCGUCAACCUGUUCCCCGAGACCAAGGCCACCAUCCAGGACGUGCUCCGCAGUGACAGCCAGCUCCGAAACUCUGAUGUGGAACUACAGCAGCGUGCUGUCGAGUACCUCAAGCUCAGCUCCAUUGCCAGCACUGAUGUUCUGGCCACCGUCCUAGAAGAAAUGCCACCAUUCCCUGAGCGGGAAUCCUCUAUCCUUGCCAAGCUGAAGAAGAAGAAGGGACCAGGCACCAUGACCGAUAUGGAAGAAGGGAAGAAGGAACAAACAGAGGUGAACGGUGGUGUUGAGCCUGUGGUGAACGCAAGCACAGUGUCCACACCUUCCCCUUCUGCUGACCUGCUGGGCCUAAAGAGUGCUCCUGCCAGUGGAGGCAGCCUGCUGGUAGAUGUGUUUUCUGAUGCGGUGCCCGCCACUGGGGCUCUGGCGCCAGGAGCAGAGGACAAUUUCUCUCGAAGCUUGGACCUGCCGGGUGAGAGCCCUGCCUCGUUGUUGGUGGAUGCAGCCCUGGGUCCAGAUGCUGUCACGACUGUGCCUACUGCUGGCUCUGAGGAUGCUUCUUUGCCUGUGCCUGACGCUGACGAUCUCCUCAACAAGUUUGUCUGCAAGAACAAUGGGGUCCUGUUUGAAAACCAGCUGCUCCAGAUUGGAAUAAAAUCGGAAUAUCGGCAAAACCUGGGUCGAAUGUACCUGUUUUUUGGGAACAAGACAUCUGUCCAGUUCCUUAACUUCACAGUGAAUGUCAGCUGUCCAGGCGAGCUGCAGAAUGAGCUGAAUCUUCAGGCUAAGCCGGUGGAGCCUAUUGUGGAAGGUGGAGCGCAGGUUCAGCAAGUAAUUAACAUCGAAUGCUUAUCUGAUUUCACUGAAGCCCCACUACUCAACAUUCAGUUCAGAUAUGGUGGAACCUUGCAAAACAUCACCCUAAAACUACCCAUAACUGUCAACAAGUUCUUCCAGCCAACAGAGAUGGCAUCUGAAGAUUUCUUCCAGCGCUGGAGACAGCUCAGCAGUCCCCAGCAAGAAGCACAGAAGAUCUUUAAAGCUAAUCACCCCAUGGAUACAGAGGUCACCAAGGCUAAGUUGAUAGGAUUCGGCACCGCACUGCUGCAGGAUGUCGACCCCAAUCAGGACAACUUUGUCGGUGCGGGAAUCAUUCACACAAAAUCCAUCCAGGUUGGGUGUUUGUUGCGGCUGGAACCCAACAGUCAGGCUCAGAUGUAUCGCCUCACACUACGCACAAGCAAGGAGACUGUGUCGAAGCGACUAUGUGGAUUACUGUCUCAACAGUUCUAAAGUCUCCUACAUGUAAUCGAUCUCUUACACUAUACUGCGUGUUUGUGUGAGUCUGAGCGUGAGUGUGCGUAUGUGUGUGCACGAGUGCAUGAAGGUCGUAUAUCCAUGCCACGUCCAGUGAAAUCUUCAAGUAUCAUGUGACGUCCUUUUAACUACAGUAUAUGUUUACGUGAUUGUUCUGUGGAGGUUUUCCUUCUGUUGCUAUUGUGGAGGGAUUUGGAAAGUUCUUUGGUACACGAGGCAUCAGACAUGGCAAUAGGUGAGCAGAGUUGGCAUCGGGUUACAGUGAAGUCGACACUACCCUCUGGCAUAACUGCUUCCUGUGGUAGAUCUCAGCCAUAUUGAUAAGGAGCAUUUAGUGAUUAUAAUUCUCCCCUGGCAACAAGGAAUGUUAGACUUGACUGCUAAUCUCUUUUUUAUUUGGGAUAUCAGUGAGAAGGAUGGCUCCUCCCUACCCCCAGUACACACACCGCACUGGUGACCCGUGUACAAAUCAGGAAGGGUCCAGGGUGUGACAAGUUGGUUACUCCCUUCAAAACCAGGAAAGGGGACAACCAUAUGCCUCUCUUGAAGUGCUUUGCAGAUGUCUUGUGAAGGCGGGAUCCGACUGCCCCACAGCUGAAUAACCUAACAAGGCUGACAACUGAGAUUUAGGCAGAAUGUUGGAGAAUGUCUACUGUGUGAUGACCUGUUCUCCAGUGAAAGUGACUGCCAUCAGAGAUGGUGAGUGGGAGAGGGGAGGGCACUGAGCAGACCUUGUCCAGUAGGUGCAGGGUGUCUCACCCUUUCACUUCUCACUAUCUUUACAGACCUCAAAAGGGGGGGGGUGUGAUGCCCGAAUACCAAACGACUUGAUGUCCCAUCUCGCUGUUAAUCGAUAUAGUCAUUUCUUAUAUUAAAAAAUGUAUGAAGUAAUUGUAAAAUGUAUCUGUAUAUAACUCUUUCUUAGAGCUGGAUAGAAAUACCUGUAUGACCAAGUUACUCUACGGUCUCUGAUGUUAAAUUAGCUGUUUAAAUGUCACCAUUGAAAGUCAAAGGGUGGGCAAUUUUUUUUAUUUAACCUUUUGCUUAAGGUUUUGUUGUACAUGCAAAAAGACUGGAACUCCCUGAAACUGUUCCCUUCCAAUCUUUCCUUUAAAACCACGCAUCCUCCAUUAGUAGUUUUUGAAAACUCUGCUCUAUGCAACUAUCGCCCAUUCUACAGACUCUUGAACCUUUUUUUGCCUCCCUCUCUCCCGAUCUCUCGCUCUCUCAAUUGGCAGCCAGCAUGUGUAUCAUGGUGCUUGCUGUUGUGCAUGAAUACUUAACGUUAUGGGAACGAAAUGUGGCAAUGGACUACAUUGUUCUUUUUCUUCUGAGCCUGCUUUCAUUACCAGCGAUGGUUUUAUUUUAAAGAGUUCGGAGUCUGGAAGAUCAGUGUCCAUGAGCUGACUCUUAGGCACAGCCUCUGCCUUGUGCGUUUGGAUUCGCACUUCUGCUGCGGAGGAUAAAAGGAAUCCAAUUUAGUGUCAUUGACAGGGAGGUGGAGCAGGAAGGCAAAAAUGCAAUUUGAGCAGUCUCCCAUUCAAAAGGCUGUUUCUAACUUUUCUUCCCCUUCUGCUCCUGGCUUUACUUGACGUUCCCUCCAUUUUUUUAUGGGACAUCUUGUAUCUUUCAGGAUUGGCUUGCUUGUUAAUCCCUGCCUCCACUUCUUCCAACCUGCUACGUCAGUGGCGCUGUCUUGUAAAUGGUGGGCAAACUUGUGCUGUACGUACCCUAGAUUAGCUGUAACUUCUCUGCUAAUAAAGAGGAUCCCAUCUG